GUCAGUCUGCUCCAAAGAAGCUUAGCUUUGCUUGGCAUCAAAUACGACAGAAACGUCUCAUCGGUUGAAGCUGUUUCCUUCACACUCGACAAUCUGUAUCACAAUCUGUACAACAUUCGGGAGAGCAUCGUGGCGUCGACCUCGACUCUAGACUACUCGUCUGCGCAUAUCUGUUCCUGACAUCAGCUACAGAGUCGUUCGCCUCUUAUAGCUUGUAGCUUAAUCAUCGGCGCGUGACCCCUGCUUCCUUUGCGAAGCUCAAUCUGCACCGAUCAUCAGAAAGUGUCGACUAAGAAGUCGAGUCCGAUUUCUUAGCAGAGACCCUCGUGGCGUCUUGUAGGACGGUCCCUGCCCAACAUGUCAUUCAGCGAUGAGGCUCUCAAAGCCAAAUUGUCCACCUUGAACGAGACUCAAGAUAGUAUCGUCUCGGUCUCACAAUGGAUCAUGUUUCACAAGAGACAUGCAGAUCGCAUUGCCAACUACUGGCUCACCCGACUGCGAGAUUCUCCGCCUGCGAAGCGCCUCAACUUCAUCUACCUGGUCAACGACAUCGUCCAGAACGCCCGUGCCCGCAAGCGCAGUGAGUUUCCAGACGCCUUCGCGCCAUUACUCCCGGAAGCAAUUCAGACGGCCUACCGCUCUUCACCGCCCGAGAUUCAAAGCAAGAUCCGACGAGUUGUCGAAGUCUGGCGCACACGCAAUGUCUUUGAGGCGCCCAUCUUGCAAGCCAUCGAAGCUCGGGUCGACGAGAUCGAUAAGUCCAAAGGCUCAGGAGGCAAGAAGACUCUUAUGGGAAACUCGCUCUUCAACUCCACUUCAUCCACCGGCAUGCCCAAGGAACUCGAAACCCUUGCACCACUCCAGAUCGCCGUCACAAAGGAGACCAUCUCUGCCCGCCCGGCCAUUGACACCGCUCAGACCGAAUACACCAAACUCAACGACCCGUCAGCAGUCCUGCCCAGUCCACCCGUCCACGCCGCACGGCUGUCCAGCCUGAUCAAAUCCCUCGCGGCAGCCGAGUCCGCCGUUUCAGCUAGCAUCAAAGCACGAAAGGCCCUGGUCGCCGACCUCCAGCGCAUCCUCGACAUCAACGUCUCAUCACUGGCCAAAGACGAGGAAACCUACAUGCAACUCGACAGCCGCAAGACCAGCACCGAAGCCAAAAAGCGCGAGGUCGAAGACGCCAUUAUUCGCGGUCUGUCUUCCGCCGAACAAGCCCCACCCGAUAAUACCCUUGGUGCCGGCAGUGUCGGUGAAGUUCUCUCUCCAGGUCUUGAUAAUGGCACCGGUGCAGAUAACAGCGGUUUUUUCUCCUCCGAACGGCCCGAAGUCGAAGCCCUCACGCCCGAACCAGACGAAGAUGAUUUUGGCGCCUUCUACCAACCUCAAACACCGCCACAAACAGAGCCCGUUCAGCUAGCAAGCAACCCCGCUAUUGCCGCAGCGUUGGCAGAAUACUCAAGCACGGGCAACAACGACUACAAUCCUCUCGGAAACGACUUUGGUGGGAUCGGAAAUGACUACGGUAGUGCUGGUCUAAGCCGCGCACGCUCCAGCAGCGGUCCAGGCUUAAACGGAUCCAGCGCGAAACGACAAAAGAUGUCACAUGGUGACGAAGAGGCGGUGCCUGAUCUGGGUGAGAUGGGCAUGGAAAGCUUUGGCGAUACAGAGGCUGCAGGUGGUGAAUACAACCCUUUGCAGGAUCUGGACGACGACGUGAGUGAGUUAUUGAGGCAGGAGGGUGGUGGUGCUUAG